GAGAAAGGAGGAGGGAGGGAGGGAGGGAGAUGCCGCCGCUGAAGAAGUCCAAGAAGGGGAAGCGGAAGUCCAAGGACUCCAGCAAGCUGAAGGUCGCCAGGAUCCGGAACGCGCCGCCGCCGCUCCCGCCGGAGCUCCGCGGCCUCGACACCGAGUGGUGGUACACCUUCCUCCACAAGCACGCCGAGUCAGGUCAAGUUAUCCCUUCAGAUGAGGGGAAAGCAUUCAGGCACUUCUUCAGGACUUCGAGGAAGACUUUCGACUACAUCUGCUCCAUUGUAAGGGAGGAUUUGAUCUCGAGGCCGCCCUCCGGUCUGAUCAACAUUGAGGGGAGGUUGCUCAGUGUGGAGAAGCAAGUGGCAAUCGCCAUGAGGAGGCUGGCAUCUGGUGAUUCACAGGUGUCGGUUGGAGCUGCUUUUGGUGUGGGGCAGUCUACUGUUUCACAAGUGACAUGGAGGUUUAUUGAGUCGAUGGAAGAGAGGGCUCGUUAUCAUCUGGCUUGGCCAGGCCAAGAGAGAAUUGAGGAGAUCAAAGCUACGCUGGAGGCUGUUUAUGGCCUGCCAAAUUGUUGUGGUGCUGUUGAUGCCACCCACAUAAUCAUGACGCUUCCUGCUGUUGAGUCAUCUGAAGACUGGUGCGAUCCAGCCAAGAACUACAGUAUGUUCCUGCAAGGGAUUGUUGAUGAUGAGAUGAGGUUUAUUGAUAUUGUUACUGGUUGGCCUGGUAGCAUGACAUUCUCACGCCUGAUGAAAUGCUCUGCGUUUUUCAAGCUCUGUGAAGCUGGGAACCGUUUGAAUGGCCCUGUUAAAGUUUCAGCAGAGAAUGCAGAGAUCAGGGAGUACAUUGCUGGUGACUCAUGUUAUCCUCUGUUCCCAUGGCUUAUGACACCAUAUGAAGGGAAAAAUCUGUCUGCCCCAAUGCUCAACUUUAAUGCUCGCCAAAAAGCUGCUAGGCUGCUUGGAACGAACGCACUGACACGGCUGAAGGGAUCUUGGAGGAUCUUACACAAAGUCAUGUGGAGGCCUGAUAAGAACAAGUUGCCAAGUAUAAUUCUUGUUUGCUGCCUGCUUCACAAUAUACUUAUAGACUGCAAAGAUGAACUGCUUCCGACUGUUGAACUUCCAAACCAUCAUGAUAUUGGCUAUAGUGAAGAAAACUGUGAGCAGAUGGAACCUAAUGGCAAAGCAAUGAGAGAAAACAUUACAGCACAUCUCCAAAGUUAUGAAGCUCCCAAGCUUCUGCUGAACUGAACUAAGUUUGUUUGUGCUAUUGCUGGGGUUGUGAUGGUGCAUCUUUGAUUCUUUUUCUGUUCUUCUCUUAAUUUCCAUUAUUGUAGUAAGAUUUGCUGGGUGCAAUUCAGUAAAGAUUCCCCAGAAAUGGCAUGAUCGAUUACUUUAGGGUUUAGCUAGUUGGAUAAGUAUAAGAACUAGUCCUCAUGAUUGGGUUUAUGUUCAUCAUGAUAAUGCCAGUCCUCAUGUUGAGUGGCAUGAUGUUGCAUAAUGUAACAAAAUUCAUGAAUGAUUUGGCAAUUGGUAUCUUAUUUUCUGAAUGAUUCAGCAUCUUA